AUGAAGUUCCUCAUCGUCCUGCUGCUGGCCAGCCUGGCUUACACCUCUCCUGUCCCUAACGUUGCCCAACUCAAUCACCGCAGCGUACAUCCUAAAAAGGACCAAGUCGCCAGUGAGGACCUUUAUGCAGAGUCAUCCAUCUCCAAAGAAGAGAUUGUUUCCAGAGACGAUGCUGUGAUCAAGUUUGUCAAGAAAGUAAUGGAUUCUGGGACUGAACUGCUUCACUCCAUUGCCCAGAAGGUCUUCAAAAAGGUUGACCUCCAAUUAGAAGAGAGUGAAGAACACAUUCCCAAGACCAAGACCGUAACCAUCUCCGAGGGAAAACUGGCUGAAUUCGCGGAGCAAAUCAAGAAGGACCUGAAAGAAGCCUUGAAAAAGUACGCUGACAUCAUAAACAAAUUUUUCCCUCCUACCCCUAAAGCCGAAAAUCCCUAA